AUGCGCAACCUCAAAAACGUGCGUCUCCAAGAGACGAAGAUACUAGGUGAACUGCCAUUGACUGCGACUGCAUGGGACACCGCUUCUGAUUCUGUUGUGUGCACCUUUGGCCCAUCUGAGCACAGCCCUGUCAUCGAGCUCAGAAGAAAGCGCCCAGAGGUCGUUUCCGCUGAUCCACUGAGAUCCAGUGAGUUCGAAUGCCUCGCAUCUUGGGAUGCACCAUCUCCCUUACCAGAUCUGUCAUGUGAUCGAGUUCUUUCAUUGCACUACUUCGCGGACAACUUGACCGCCAUCCUAGUGCUGGAGGGUGGUGAUAUUGUCAUUGUCCGCGAAGAGCCCCUCCCAGGAGAGGACAAGAUCGAAAUUCUGGGAUCAGUUGAUGUUGGAAUUACAGCCGCCGCCUGGUCUCCUGAUGAGGAACUGUUGGCUAUCACGACAAGAGCCCGAACAUUCCUGUACAUGACUCGGGAAUUUGAAAAUGUGGCUGAAAUCACUUUCUCCCAAGCUGAUGUCCAGGCUUCCCAGCAAGUGUCUGUGGGUUGGGGUAAAAGGGAGACACAGUUCCAGGGCAAAAGAGCCAAAGCCCUUCGGGACCCUACUGUGCCAGAAAAAGUCGACGAGGGCAAGCUAAGCAGCCUCGAUGAUGAUAGCACAACAAUUACUUGGCGAGGUGAUGGAGCUUAUGUUGCGGUGAAUACUGUUGACGAAGGUACCCGUCGAGUUGUACGAGUGUACUCAAGAGAAGGUACUUUGGAUAGCGUGAGUGAGCCAGUGGAUGGGCUGGAAGCCGCUCUUAGCUGGAGGCCAUCCGGAAACCUCAUUGCUGGAAUCCAGAGAUUGGAUGACAGAAUUGAUGUUGUGUUUUUUGAAAGAAACGGUCUUCGCCACGGUCAAUUUACUCUUCGUUUGACAGAGGAAGAUCGUCAAACCUGGGCGUCGCGAAUCCUCUUGUCAUGGAACAUCGAUUCCACUGUGCUGGCAGUUCGGUUCAAAGACCGCGUUCAGCUCUGGACGACAGGUAACUAUCACUACUAUUUAAAGCAAGAGAUUCCAAUCAUGGUCGAGCCGAAUUCCACAGUCCCGUUCUCCUUUGAGUGGCACCAGGAGAAGGCUUUGCGAGUUGUUGCUGGGUCAUCGGGUACCAUACUUGAAAUGGAUUACGUAUUUGAUAUGCAUCAUGGCUCUACUGUGAUACCCGAUGAUGUUGGUGCCGUUGCCGUUAUCGAUGGCAAGAACUUGAAGCUCACUCCACUGAGACUGGCUGGUGUGCCACCACCUAUGGCUCAUAACGAGUUGAAAGUGGACUCCAAUGUUAUUGACGUCUCGUUCAGCAAAUUGGGUAAUCGAAUCGCAGUGCUGAUGAGCUCAAGGCUUUCAAUCUUUCUGUGGUCACUCAAGAGUCGCCCCGUACCCAUCCCAAUUCUCGAAUCUAGCUAUCCUUUGUCGGAAGCACCGGACAGCAGACCACGACAGAUUUCCUUCGUGAAUGACAACGAAGUCUAUGUUCUGAUGAACAGUGGACCUAACGCCAGUCAUAUUGAACAAACGAAUCUGGAGACUCGCGAAUCUCGCACCGUGUACCAGACAGCCGACUCCGAGCAGUUAGCGUCAAUUUUCACUGGCAUUGGGCACCAAGCUUUGUGGUUCUCGCACGCAAAACAACCUGCCAGAUCUGUCACAUACUCGAGUAUCGACACAGCUGGCAGCGGUGAAGCUGUCAUCUCUCCUUGGGAUGAAAGCCCCAGUGUCGAUACCCACUGGGCCCGUGUCGUUUCAAUCUCAGAUACCGAGCGAAUCUUAAUAACCAUGACUCGGUCCGGUGGUCUGUACGCUAACAAGCGGGUUCUUGCAAAGAAUUGUACUUCUUUCUUGCUGACCCCAGCACAUCUUCUAUUCACCACUUCCCAACACUUGCUAAAGUUUGUUCAUCUGAACCAUGCAGAAGAAAUGGAAGUACCUGAAGAUACACCAGAAACAGAUGAGCGAUGUCGAAGCAUUGAGCGUGGAUCAAAGCUGGUGUGUGUGAUGCCAUCAGUUUUCGGCGUCGUUCUCCAGGCGCCUCGAGGUAACAUUGAGACUAUCUAUCCCCGAGCGCUAGUGUUAGCCGGUAUCCGUACGUUCAUCGACCUGAAGAAAUACCGCUCAGCAUUCCUGGCCUGUCGUAGCCAGAUGGUCGAUUACAACAUUCUUCAUGACUAUGCCCCCCAGCAAUUUAUGGAAAACAUUCUUCUUUUCAUUGAGCAAGUUAAAAGAGUCGACCAUAUUGAUGACUUCCUGUCUCGCCUGAGUGAGGAUGAUGUUUCACAGACAUUGUACAAAGAUACUCUCAAGAUUUCCAAGAAUGAGUCUGCGGUGGUUGCUCAGCCAGAUGCACCUGUUGCUUCUAAGAUUUCCGCAUCUCCCAGUAAAGAAGGCAAGAUCAACACUAUCUGCAAUGGAUUCUUAACCGUUCUGCAAAACCGACUGGACACAAAUUUGCAAAAUUUGAUCACUGCACAUGUGUGUAAAUCGCCACCUGAUCUGGAAGCUGGAUUGAAACUUGUUGCGCAUUUGAGGACCCAAGCCCCCGAGCAAGCAGACGAUGCCAUUGAGCAUAUGUGUUUCUUGACGGAUGCCAAUCGUCUCUACUCCCAUGCACUGGGACUCUACGACCUUGAACUCACUCUUCUUGUGGCUCAACAGGCCCAGCUGGAUCCCAGAGAAUACCUUCCAUUCCUUCGCCAACUGCAAACAUUACCCGAGAUUCGCCGUCAGUUUGAGAUCGAUAAUCACCUCACUCGCUUUACCAACGCUCUGGGUCAUCUUUUUACUUUGAAUGCGCAUGAAGAAAUCCUUGGCUAUGUGGCUAAGCAUGUUCUAUACAAGGAGGCCCUCGAAAUUUACAAGUAUCACCCCGAGCAGCAAAAUGAGAUUCUACAUCUCUACGCCAACUAUCUCCAAGGCGAAUCCAAGCACAAAGACGCCGCCGUUGCUUACGAAUCUCUUGCAAUUUACGAUGAGGCGUACAAGUGCUACCACCUUGCUCAUCUGUGGCGCGAAUCUGUAUACUGUGCUAUGAUGGCUUCCCUAUCCGAGGAGGACCUUAACGUGCAUAUCAAUGCUCUCGCCUCGACUCUGAUUGACGAAGGCCGCGACUUUGUUUCAGCCGCGACCGUUUAUGCAGAGCACUUGCAUGAUAUCCCCACAGCUGCACAGCUUUUGUGCCGGGGUUCGAAAUUUGCCGACGCAGCUCGCCUUCUCGCAUUGCACGGCAAACAGAACCUGGUUACAGAAAUUGUCGACUCCGGCCUUGCAGAGGCAAUGGGUUCAAUGACUGAUCUUCUUGCCGACUGCAAAAAUCAACUCAACGCCCAAGUACCCCGAGUCAGCGAACUGCGCCAACUUCGUGCCGCAGAUCCCCUUGCAUUCUUUGGAGGUGAUCCUACAGGAGGCGAGGGUGGUGUCGACAUUCCCGACAAUGUAUCACUGGCUCCUACAGAAGCAAGCACUCUUGCUGGACGUACUAUGUUUACUCGGUACACCGGAAAGACCGGAAAGACCUCGUCCUCCCGCCACACCUCAAAGACUCGUCGUCGCGAGGAACGCAAGCGAGCGAAGGGUAAGAAGGGUACCGUCUACGAAGAGGAGUAUCUGGUCAACAGUAUUAGGCGACUUAUGGAGCGAGUCAAUUCCGCUGUUCCAGACGCGGAGGUUCUUGUGGAUGCGCUGUUGCGACGUAACAUGCGCGAGCGUGCAGCUGCCAUUGAGAAGGCUCUGGAGGAUGUACUUAAGAUGUGCGCAGACUGCCGUGACGAAAUUUUUGAAAUCCCGGCUGCCGAGCCAGUUAAGGAUGAGGAUGAUGAUGAGCCAGAGAUCCAGGUCAGUAGUGGCGCUCGUGUGCUUGAAGAGAGUAUUGCCGCAAUCUCCGGAGGUGCCGCCGGCCGUAAAGAGGCACCCGUUGUGAAGGAGAUUAAAAAGUCUUCCCUGCUUGCUUAG